ACAUCAGUGAAAAAUAGAAGAGAGCAUAUAUGUAAAUAAAGGUAUUUUAAUUGAAACUCGCUGCAAAAUGAGUACUAAUUCCGAAGUUGAACUUUAUCCAGUUGGUUCUUCAAUAUUUACUAGUUGAAAUCCCUUCGUUUUCACUGUGCAAUAUUUAUAUACGAAUGAGGAAGUACAUACAUAUUUAUCUCGGUAUAUCUCUACCUUAACUUGUAUACAUAUGCCUUAAUCUGGCGACGCCCAAUUUAACUGCGGCUUUAUCACUUUAUAUGUAUGUAUGCCAAAAUAUUAACAUCGGAGCGCCUAUAAAGAACUCGCCAUUAUAAAUUAAGCUGCAGAGUUCGACGACUUUUAAUUUUCGUCAAGAAGCAGAAGCUUCUCAGCGCAUACCGCACUGCAUUUAACAAUUCGAAAGAUUACAACUGUGUCGACACUCGAGGUGUAUAAACAAAAGUGAAGAUGGAGCGCUGGCUGGGACGUGUAGCUGUGGUGACGGGCGCCAGUUCGGGCAUUGGUGCGGCCUGUGCGAUGUAUCUCGCCGAUAAUGGUAUGUUGGUGGUGGGCUUAGCGCGACGUAAAGAACGCAUUGAAGCCUUACGCGAAACGCUGAAACCAGAAGCCGGUCAACGACUACAUGCCAUACAAUGUGAUGUGCGUAAGGAGCAGGAAAUUGUGGAUGCCUUCAAGCGGAUCGAGUCGGAAUUUGGACCGGUGGCGGUGCUGGUGAACAAUGCGGGCAUAAUGCGUGGGAGCGAUUUGGUGAGUGAGGGUAACUCAAGCGAUUUACGUGAUACGAUCGAUACGAAUGUAUUGGCGGUGGCAUAUUGUACACGUGAAGCGUUUCGUGCGAUGCGCGAAAAUGGUGGCGAUGGACAUGUUUUCUUGAUUAAUAGUAUUGCGGGGCAUAGCUUUUCAAAUGUGCCGGGUUUAUCGUGGAAUCUAUAUCCACCUUCGAAAUAUGCUGUGACCGCCAUGACGGAGGUUUAUCGGCAAGAAUUCUUGAAAUACAACACGAAGGUGAAAGUAACGAGUAUAAGUCCUGGCGGCGUGCUUACAGAGAUUUUGCCAGCACAUCUGCUACCGGAGGACAAAACCGGUUUACCGUUACUUAAGCCCGAAGACGUGGCUGAUGCAUUAAUAUAUUGUCUGCAGACACCGCCGCAUGUACAGAUCCAUGAGCUGACUAUAAAACCACUGGGGGAGCCAGUAUAAAAAGUGUACUCAAAUAAAUA